AUGAGUGAACAAGAAGUGAAAAGUGUUAUUCCAUUAGAGUCAAAUCCUGAAGUUUUCGGUGGCUUUGCAAAGAGUCUCGGCCUACAUGACGCUUGGACAUUCCAAGAUAUUUACUCAUUGGUUGAUCCUGAUCUAUUAGCUUUUGUACCACGCCCGGUGAAGGCUGUCAUUUUAUUGUUUCCGUUGUCCGAAGAGUCUGAAAAAGAGUUAAGAGAGAAACCAGAGGCUGAAGCAGUGAUACAAGAUCCCAGCAACAGUACUAACAAGAAUUAUCCAAUAUGGUUUAAGCAGACGGUUAGAAAUGCUUGUGGUUUAUACGCACUUUUGCAUUCAUUAUCCAAUAACCAAGAUCUACUCACCGAGGAUUCAAUCUUGAAACAGUUCCUCACUUCAAAUCCAGUUCCUCAUGGCAAAUAUUCUAACAAUGAAGCUUUAGACAAUUUCAUAGUUUCUAUAAGCGAGAUCUAUCACGAAAGGAGCCUACAGGGGGACACAGCAGCUCCUCCAGCCGAAAACGAGGUUGAGCUACAUUUCAUAACGUUUGUUGAAAAAGACGGUGUACUCUACGAAUUAGAUGGAAGGAAUCCUUCUGGAGCAAAACCACUUGGAAAAACAGUUGCAGCUGAAUCAAAUGGUGAACCAGACUUAUUAAAUGAACCCCUCUUGAAAGAAAGGUUUGAAUGGUACCACAAUAAUGCUAGUGAAUCCAUGAAACUUCAAUUCUCGUUGUUGGGAUUGGGCCCUUCUCUCAAUUAG